UAGUCCCAUUUUAUUAUGACUAUUGAGUUUGGUUGGAAAGAAUUUAAAACCAUUGGUUGGAAAGAGAUUAAUCACUUUGGUUGCUUAGAUGCUCUCUUUCUUCCAAUAUAAUUUUUGAAUUUCCAUUGUCUGUGUUGAGUUCGAUUCAGAAAAGGAAAAUGCAAGAAGAAGAAGAAGAAAUGAUGUAUAAAGCGAUGAAAUGGUUAUCAAGAAGGUUCUCGAAUCUUACUUCUCAUCCUCUACGUGUGUGUGUAGUUGGCAGUGGACCAGCUGGUUUCUACACUGCUGAAAAGAUGCUUAAGGCGCAUCGGGAAGCGGAAAUUGAUAUCAUUGAUCGGUUGCCAACUCCUUUUGGAUUAGUACGCUCCGGCGUUGCUCCUGAUCAUCCUGAAACUAAGAUUGUGAUAAACCAGUUUUCAAGGCUUGUGCAAAAUGAAAGGUGCUCGUUCUUUGGAAAUGUCACCCUUGGCUCAUCCAUUUCACUUGCUGAGCUUCGUGACCUGUAUCAUGUGGUUGUGCUUGCAUAUGGUGCUGAAAGUGAUAGAGCUCUUGGUAUUCCAGGCGAAGAUUUGUUGGGGAUACACUCAGCUAGAGAAUUCGUUUGGUGGUACAAUGGGCACCCAGAUUGUAAAAACCUGAAUCCUGAUUUGAAGGGCACUGAUACAGCUGUUAUUCUAGGCCAAGGAAACGUGGCUCUUGAUGCCACUCGUAUCCUUUUACGGCCAACUGCAGAAUUGGCAAGAACUGAUAUUGCUUGCCAUGCUUUGGCUGCUUUGGAGCAAAGCUGUAUAAGGAAGGUGUAUUUAGUUGGAAGACGUGGACCAGUCCAAGCAGCUUGUACUGCUAAAGAGCUGCGCGAAGUUCUUGGCAUUAAAGAUCUAUUUAUUCACAUUAAGGAGGCCGAUUUACUUAAAAGCUCUGAUGAUGAGGAAGAACUGAAAGGAAGUCGAAUCCAAAGGAGGAUUUAUGAUUUGCUCUCUAAGGCUGCCGCCUCAGGACCUUCCCAUCCCAGUUCAGGUCAGCGAGAACUUCACUUUGUUUUCUUUCGGAAACCUGAUAGGUUUCUAGAUUCAGAGGUGAGAAUUGGCCAUGUUGCUGGUGUUCACUUUGAGAAGACUGUUCUCAAAGGUAUCAGCCCCGGAAAACAGGUUGCUGUAGGCACUGGAAAAUUUGAGGACCUUGACUGUGGGAUGGUGUUAAAAAGCGUUGGUUAUAAAUCAGUACCAGUUGAUGGUUUACCCUUUGACCAUCAGAAAGGUGUGGUUCCUAAUGUCGGUGGUCGAGUUCUUACUGAAGCUUCAGGAGAUUCAAAACUGCUUGAAAAGGGCUUGUAUGUAUGUGGGUGGUUGAAAAGAGGACCAACUGGGAUUAUCGCUACAAAUCUCUACUGUGCUGAAGAAACUGUUGCAAGCAUAUUGCAAGACCUUGAACAAGGAGCGCUUGCAGCUGCGACAAGUUUGCCAAAGCCUGGAAAAGAGGGACUCCGCCAGUUGCUUGGUGAUAGAAAUGUUAGAGUGGUACCAUUUAGUAGUUGGGAAAAAAUUGAUUCUGAAGAGAAGAGGCUCGGGAGUUCUAGAAACAAACCUAGAGAAAAAUUAACCUCAUGGGAGGACUUGCUGAAAGUUGCCACAGAAUGACACUCCGGAGCUCUCAAAGCCAGUUUCUCAAUUUAUGUUUGUAACGUUGAAAGUUCUUCUGUUGCUAAAUGGAAAGAAUAAAGGAGGAUUCAUUAAGUCCACUUCAGGGGCCUUCAAAUUAAGAGGAACCUGAAAGUUGAGCUGGAGAAGCAAGUGGAAGUGCGAUAAAAUCUUCAGGUUGUUUACUGGAUACACAGUUCGACUUCCAACUGCCAAUCAGGUCUGAUUUAGUUGGUAUCUUUACACCUGUUAUGGGUGUUUUUGAGUUUUCCUCUCUAGAUGUUGGUGCAAUUGCCUGUAAGAAAUGAAAAGGUACUAUUAAUGGUCUUGAAUCACUCUUUAAACUCAUGAGGUUUUAUAAAUGAGAAGACUAGCCUAUCAUGCUUGCUUGCUU